AUUCGCAGCUGUGGUUCUUGUGGGUACUCCCUAAAUUUGAGCUCCUCUCUCCGAAAUACAAACAAUAUCGGAUUGAAGUACAAAAAGAUCAUCAAAAAGGGCAUUGUCGCAUUCUAUUCCAUUGAUGAGAGCAGGUUCUCUCAGACUGAUGAGCUCACUUGUCUUCCAUACUUCAAUUCAAUCAAAUCCUGGGGGUGUUUCAGGCAUCGAACGAAACUGAGAUGCCGCAAGUGUGGAAGCUACAUCGGUACUGCUUAUGAAGACAAUUUUCCUUUGCCUUCAUUGGGAUCUGAUUCCACUGAUACAAGCUCUGGCAAUGGUGUUGGGUGUUCAAAAAAAUAUAUGAUCAGAAUCAGCUCACUUCAGCCUUCCUCUGAAGAGUCUGGUACUCCUUUUAUCAUGAAAUGAUGGUUCUGCUAAAGUUGAAGUCCUUUGGCUGAUGAAAAAUUUUCAAAAAUCUGUUCAUCAUGGACAUGGUGUGUAAAUCUGCUAGGUUUUUCGUGUUUUAUUUAAUGGUGAUACGUAAAUAUCAUUUGUUAAAUUUG